AUGACGAACCGAGGACGAGUUCACCACGGGAAACCAUACUCCUGCACAGAUAACGAAAUGGAUUCCUCGAGUAUGCGGGAAACCGUUCAUCGUUACUCACCAUCCGCACGCACACAUAUUGGAAUCGAUCCCUCGAGUAUGCAGGAAACCGUUUAUCGUUGCCCACCAUCCUCAUGUGGUUUAGCUGUGGAAAUUCGCAGAUGCAGUAUUUCCAAUGAAUUUUGGCGGCUAACUCCAGUUGUGAGAAUGUUACACAUAAGUGGAGCGAUCAUAUCGAUUCUCAACUUUGGAGGAAUUGGGCACCGAUGUUUAGACCAUUAUACUCCGCAAUUCUGGCAGCCUUGUUUGUUUUCUAACAACGAUAAAUUUUAUGAGGACGAAUUCCCACAUCGGUUGAUACUGCACGACACUAUCUUAUCUCGCCAUAACUCACUCAGGAAAGAACCAACGAACUUUCGAAACUGCCCGAAAUGUUCUUACUAGCGCUGGCUGCGCUCACCGUCCUUAUCCCUGUAGGAUCUGCUCUUGGGACUGUGAAGGAAUGGGAGGACUUCAUGAAUAAUUUUGCAACGGACCUUGCACCAAUCAUUGUUCUCUUUGGUGAACAAGUCUCCAAGCAAUUUUUAAGCGAGUCCACCAGUAUCUGGGAUAACAUCAUUUUCGGCAUGGCUCCCCUUGGUGUCAUCACUGCGAUUGUUUCGGCAAUUCGUGUAUAUGGAAAUGCUUCGCUGAAGGCUUUCAUCGGGCGUGCACAAGAGGCCCACGGGCAGGCCGAAGCUAAGCUGUGCUCAUCUACAAGCGACGAUGUCUGCGAACUGUGGUCCAAUGGAGGGUUUUGCCGAGUCUUUGGACGUCCCAAAAUACUCGAGUUCGUUCACAUAUAG